GGUACUUGAAGAUGUAACAGCUGCUCAAGAAAGUGAGUUAGUUAAGCAAAGCAAGCAGUUUUAGAUGUUAUCCCUGCACUGGAUAGUUGUGUGUGCAAGAACAUAAUCAUAAUUGCAAAAAUAAAAUAAAAUAAACAAGGCAAAUAAAAAAUAAAUGUCACACUGAGUGGCAGCAUAAAUUUGGUUUAGGUGUUUAAAAUGCAAUUAGAAAAUACAUAAGCGAGAAAAUAAAGUGAGUCUGCGGUGUGUGCUGCUGUGUUUGCAUGCACUGAAAAAAAACAGAGCAUAUGUAAUAGUUUAGUUUUUUCGUCAUUUAGAACACUGAUGCUCGAACAGGUUGUGAUAAAGUUCGAGGGGAGGUUAUCUGGAAUAGACACAGGGACGAGAAAGAGAAAAAGGACCUGCCAGAGAACAGCACUGAUAUAAUUACGAAAUCAGGGAUUAGGAGCGAACAGAACCAAAGCGCAAGUCUGCGAGCGAGGAGAAUACGAGCAGCUGUCUAAGGAGAUCGAGCAUCUGAAACAUCUUCCAGUGAAGUCAUGGGCAACAGCGUCUCGAGCAUCCCGACUUUGCAAAGAGGGCACCAGAACAGAUUCCACAGGCUAUCGAAUCAGCAGAAAGAUUCCCUUGGUGGGUCAUUCCCAGCCACCUCACACCGAUGUCAUCACAAGCCCAAGCGCUGCCCGCCCAUCCAGCAGCGCGGGGGGUUCCCUGUCAGCCCUCUGCUCUUCCACCCCAAUGCCAAGGGCUCGCAGAUCACCAUGGACCUGUCCCUGAAGACUGUCAAGAGGCAGGCAAGCUUCUGUAAUGCCAUCACCUUCAGCAACCGACCCGUGGUGCUUUAUGAGCAGGUCAGACUCAAGAUCACCAAGAAGCAGUGCUGCUGGAGCGGGGCAUUGCGACUGGGAUUCACUGCCAAGGACCCAUCUCGGAUUAACCCGGACACUCUUCCUAAGUACGCCUGCCCAGACCUGGUGUCCCAGAGUGGCUUCUGGGCCAAGGCCCUGCCUGAGGAGUUUGCCAACGAGGGCAAUGUCAUCGCCUUCUGGGUGGACAAGAAGGGCCGGGUUUUCUACGGGGUCAACGACUCCAGUCCCAUGCUCUUCUUCAGUGGAGUCCGGACCACCGAUCCACUCUGGGCGCUAAUAGAUGUAUAUGGGCUGACUCGAGGGGUGCAGCUGCUUGACAGUGAGAUUGUGCCCCCUCACUGCCUGCGCCCCAGGUCCUUUACUGCUGUGAGGAGACCCUCGCUGCGCAGAGACACAGACGAUGCUCGUCUCUCGGUCAGCCUCUGUGACCUCAACCUGCAAGAGGAAAACCUCCAUCUCAUCUCAGCUGCGUGCCCCAUUCCACAGAACUCUCUGAACUCCCAGCAGUCCCACCUGCUGCCCUCCCACCUGGACAGUGACUUGCACUUCCACCAGCUGAGGGGGGCGCACAUCAAGACGCUGGACGAGCAGACGGUGGGCCGUUCCGAGCACGCACGCGAGGAGAGGACUUUGGUGUUCACCAACCGGCCCCUCCGAAUCGGGGAGACAAUUUUCAUCAAGAUCAACAAGUCCAACACCGGCCGCUCAGGCUCCCUGUCUUAUGGAGUGACCUCCUGUGAUCCCAGCGUGCUGCGGCCCAGCGACCUGCCCUACAACCCGGAGUCCCUGGUGGACCGCAAGGAGUUCUGGGCAGUGUGCAGGGUGCCCACUCCCCUCCAGAGUGGGGACAUCCUGGGCUUUUUGGUCAACCAGGAAGGUGAACUUCUUUUAAGCCACAACGGCAUGAAUGCUGGGAUGCAGGUCUGUGUGGAUAACUCCCGCCCGCUGUGGAUGUUCUUUGGGCUGCAUGGGGCAUUGGCACAGCUAAGAAUUUUGGGCUCCACCCAUCUGCCAGAACCCCGUGGCCUCACAGCUCCCAGCUCUCCCGUCUCCACCCCCAACACUCCCACAGUCCUCUGCAACGGGGGCUCUGACCCCACACUCCACGCCAGCAGCUCUGCCGGGGGUACAACCCCGAGUUCUCCCGUCAGCUUACCCGAGUCCCCCACCUUCCCUGCAGCCUGUGGUUCUUGGAGUGACGAGUGUACCAUCUGCUAUGAGAACAUGGUGGACACUGUGAUCUACGCAUGCGGGCACAUGUGUCUGUGCUACACCUGUGGCCUGAAACUGAAGAAAAUGACCAACGCAUGCUGCCCGAUAUGUAGAAGAACCAUCAAAGACAUAAUAAAAACCUACCGCAGCACGUAAACACAGGGAUCCCAUCUUUACCGUGGAAAUGGGGAGCUCUUUUGUAAGGGAACAUUAAUCUGGUGCACAAUAGCCCCACUUUGAAAAGCGAUUCAGUCUUGUUAACAUCAUCUCUAGGUUCAAAAAGUCCACGAUUUGAAGGUUUUUUCACAAACGUAUUUUUCCAAUUGUUUUUAUACUACCAGGGAGAACUGCCAUCCUAACAACAGCUUGGGUACUGGGGCGCCCAGGUUGUUUAAAGAGACUAAAAAUAAAAAGACACAUGUUUGAUGGUUCAGAAGCUGCCUUUUGCAUUGGAGGCAGCUUGGUCCAAUGAAACUGAAGUUCAAGUGACGGAGCAAAAGAAAAGCGACUUGUUUGUCAAACAGGCCCCUCAAUGGUUAGAGAAAUCACGUUGAGAAAAGCUGGUAGUCCAAUUGGGCUUCCCAUCAACUUGAAGUACUGCAACUUUAACACAACUUUUGUCUGUGCGCAGUCUGGGUGGCACCCCAACCGAAGCAGAUAUAAAGCUGACCUGCGUAUUUGCAAUUGCAGGAAGUGUAACACAAUGCAUGCGCAUGGGGUAAACUAGCCAUAAAGUCCUGCAGAUGAUUCAUACUCAACGUUAACAUUUCCACAGCACAAAUACAAACAACUGAGGCAUCUUUCUAGUGCCACCCAUGCAUUGAAUGUGGCAACACUGUUUUCAUGAAGGUGGCAUUGCAUGUCACAAGACAGAGUUACAUUGGUAGAGGAAGUACAGCUGUCAAACCUUAAAUGGAUACUAGCAAGGCUGUAUAUGCACAUAUAUUGCAUUUGACCCAUCAAAAAGACUGGACACUGUAAUGAUUUGGCCCCAGACCCCGUAUUCUGUCCUAGAGGGUGCAGGUAGUUGUGAUGCAGUAUAAGAGGUGAGUAACGAAGCCCUUUGUGACAGACACGUAAAUAAGGGUGGAGUGAAGGAUUUAUUGAUCAGUUUGGUUAGAAAUGAUAGGUCCUGUGUUCUGUCUCUGGAACCGUUCAUAUACUGUACACCAUGUAUCACAGGGUUCCACAUAUAUUGGACCACAUUGAAAAAAAGUUAUUUUUAAUGUAUUAUAGCCAGUAAACAAAAUAUUCCAAAGAAAAGGUCACCUCAAUAAUUACUAUUAUUUGUUUAUUUAGCAGAUGCCUUUAUCCAAGGCGACUUACAGAGACUAGGGUGUGUGAACUAUGCAUCAGCUGCAGAGUCACUUACAACUACGUCUCACUCGAAAGACGGAGCACAAGUGACUUGCUCAGGGUCACACAAUGAGUCAGUGGCUGAGGUGGGAUUUGAACCGGGGACCUCCUGGUUACAAGCCCUUUUCUUUAACCACUGGAUCACACAGCCUCCUAUAAUAAUCUAUCGGACACCUUUCUGUACAAUUAAGACCGACAUUGAUUAUAGGCAUCAUGCAAGGAAAAUGAACCCCUUUGUGGCUGUAUUUUACAAAGCCUGGGCCUUUGCAUUGACCUCAGAUCCAAUAUGGGUGGUUCCCACAGGAGUGAGACAGAACGUUUUGAGAUAUUGAUUUCAGUUUUAGUACAAAGCUGUAAUCUAGAGUUUGCUCAGUCAAGUUACAUUACUGGUGUAUAAAUGAAUGGGUUCAUUGCCACAUCAUUUCUUAUGUCUGGCCAUAUCAAUGAUACAGACCACAGAGUUCGUCUUCAUAUUUGGUACAACAUUGCCUUUUAUGAUUAGUUUUGAAAGUGGUCAUUGUCCAUUCAAACAUUCAAAAACCUAAAAGGUAAAGACAGUGUCGACCCAGGGGACUUUUUUGACCUGAAAAAAGAAACAAGGACCAGGGGUCACAAAUAGAGAUUAGAUAAAGGGGCAUUCAGAACAGAAAAUAGGAGGCACUUUUUUACACAGAGAAUUGUGAGGGUCUGGAACCAACUCCCCAGUAAUGUUGUUGAAGCUGACACCCUGGGAUCCUUCAAGAAGCUGCUUGAUGAGAUUCUGGGAUCAACAAGCUACUAACAACCAAACGAGCAAGAUGGGCUGAAUGGCCUCCUCUCGUUUGUAAACUUUCUUAUGUUCUUAUGUUCUUAUUACAGAUCUAUUUGGCAUAAUAUUUUUGUUACUCCAGUCUCAGAAAACAUUUGAGAUUUAGAGUUCAUAUUAAAUAUCUAAUACAAAUGUGGCAAUGACCUUGGGCUUGACCUCUGACCGCCCCCGGAGGAUAAUUCAGUUCAGGGCAGUAUUAUAUGAUUCAAUAUGGAAACUGUAAGUAAUGUAAAAAGAAUAAUGAAAGAUUAACACAAGUAUUUAGCAAAAUCAAGUGAGCCAGGAAUGUACAGUACUUUGCAGUGUUUUAAAAGGAAAUUCCAUGAAAGAACCUGUAAAAAAAAAGGCUGUGUUUUAUUCCCACAAACUCAGUUCACUUUUGUGUUGUGCUAAUAACUGGUUAAUGUACAGCACAGCAGUUUUAAAAAAUAUUAGUAUUUGUGUAAAAAAAGAAUGUGGCAUUCUAUAUUUUAGGGCACUCGUAGCUAUCCACAGGUGACAGCAUUGGCCUGUUUUUUUUUGUUUUUGUUUUUUUUUACUUUCUGUCAACAGAGAACUCCUGUAGACAGAACUGCAUUCGUUUUCAGUGUGUAUAUGUGGCGGUUGUUAAAAUAUUGAUUUUAAAUCAUCAUAGGUUUAUAAUUAUAACACAGUUUAAUAUUGGAGACUCAAUUAUUUAUUGUGAUUUCAUUUUUUUAAUUCUAAAUCAGUUUUUGCUUUUAAGCAGCAGCAGCAGCAACUGUAGGUUCUGUAAAAGUGUCUGUUUUCAUGUUUGUGUAUUAUUUGUAAAGGUUUAGUUAGACUAUCGUGUUAUAACAGUAUAUUACUGUUUUAUAAAGCUGUAAAAAAAAUCUAAUCAUCUCAUACCCCCUUUUACAAAACUGAAACUGUGGUCUUUUGCUUUAAGAUUGUAAAGAGGGGAGCUAUUUUUUUAUAUAAAUAUUGUGCCUUUGGGCAAGUUUUUUUCUUUUUAGCUUUGAUUGGUGCAGGACGUGUUCUAGAACAUUCUAGAAUCUACUGAAAAUGAUGUUGGAAACACUGGGACUCGUCAUUCCAUUUGCAGUCACUUCAAAAAAAUGAACAACCUGGUUAAGUAGAAAACAAGUUUCCAAUAUUUUUCUUUUAACUAUAGUCUUUUUAUGUUGUCUCCAGUGUAUAUUCCAGUCAACAUGAAUUAAAGGCUUACCAGUGUUUGUAUUUUUAUUUUUUUAAUUAUUAGCUGCAAAGAAGCUUUACAUGUCACUUUCGUGCCCAAAGGCACUGUAUGAAGCCCUUAUUUUUAUAAUAUAGCGUUUGCGUUACAAAGGAAUAUUCCACACAGCAUUUCUGAGGCAGCCUGAGUACUGUGUUACUGAAGCAAAGUAACCCAGCUUUCCACCCCCAAAAAAGGGGAGAGGGUUCCUUUGAGCAAUGCCACUGGGGUUGUGCAAUGUAACACUGAGGUCCCCUAGCAUGUACACGGUUAGUGCUUAGUAACUACAGUAUAUCAGGUUCAGUUUCCUUCCUGGUGAGAAAUGGAUAAAAUUUGUAAUUGGUUCACUAACGUGCACAUUUUAUGAAAAUAUGCUAAGAAAUUACCAGGAAGCCACUGCAGUGAUGCAUAACAAAUACAGAAUACAGAUUUUUAACAGUCUAUUCUUUGUUUAUGUUGUAUUUUGGCGUUUCUGAAACCUGUUCCAUUUAAAGAAGUGACAUUUUUAUUCAGCUUUUAUGAAUGUUUUAUAGGAAACAAAUGGAUAUUGUACUCUUGUAAGAAAGAAUCCUGUGAUAUAUAAAAGUUGUUGUAACACUUGUUGAAAGCGUUGUGAGCUUGACAAUCUCCUCUGAGCACCUAACUUUCUAACAGCGUUGUGAUGUCCUGCACAGCGGUUUAACUCGUGCUAAUUGUGCACUCAACCACUAAAAAGGAACAGUGGGACCAAAAUAGGAUCAAGCCACCACUGAAGCUGGAGAUUCAGAUUUGUAUUGUUCUUUUAAAGAUUUUUAAAUCAGGGGAAAUCAAGGCAUUCUUUUCUCCAGUGUCUCUUACAUUUCAAAAUACAGUUCAGGUGUGUUUUAAUUUAUUAUCAGUUUUCAAUGCUCUGUUUGUAGAUGUUCUGUUCGCUGUGUGAGUCAAAUGAUUGUGGGGCUUUCAAUAAAGUUUUCAAACGUGUUUCAAA